CAUAGAAAACGAAUUCAGUUGAAGCCUGUUCCUAUAAGAAUCCUUCAUGAAUGGGUAGGAUUAUCACAUUCUUGAAGGGAUAUUCCCCCUUUAUCUCAGACACCUGAACUUGAAAGUACACGUUUUUUGAAAUUUAUGCUGGCUAUGAGUAUCCUAUCGAAACUGAUCCAAGUUCAUUCGUGACUUAGACUUCGUGACUGGAUCUUGAGAAGUUGUUCUGUAUAAUAGAGUUUGGUGACGAGAUAUAUUCACUAUGCCGUGUUGGUAUGGAUUGGUAGCAGACCUGCAGGAUACAUCGAUGGAUGCGGUAUUAGUUGAAGAACUUCGGCUACCGACGAUGGCUGUAGUUGUAGAAGCGGGUGAUGAACCAAGGGAACCAAUCCAGGGGUUUCCUGAGGAAUGUCCUGAAGAUGCCGAACAGGAAAUCCAGGGAAAGACAAUGUUGGACUCGCCACCCCAAACAUCGUCAUCACCAUCUGUUGUCUUCAUGCAUACCAAUGAAGACGUAAAGACUAAGCUCGAAUUCCCCAAUGCGAAUCGAGCUUCGUGGUCAUCGACAUCGAGCAAUGAUCCUGUCUGUAGGAUAUGUCACGAUACAGAAGAUGAGAGAGGAAAGACAAAGCUUAUCUCUCCUUGCGGCUGUUCUGGGUCGGCGGAGUUCACACAUAAAAAAUGCCUUCAAAAGUGGACGCGUAUGAACGGGGCGACUAUAUGCGAAAUCUGCAAACAGGGCUACAAACCAAAGUAUAUCCGAUUCAAGCAAAAAUUAUUGACUCGCCAGGUCAUGUGUAUGGGUAGUGCCGCAUCUCUUCCUCUUCUUGUCGUCAUCAUCGUCGGUUUCUUCCUCCUUGGCGAACAACUCAGUCUCGGUACUUACGAUGAGGAGGAUGAUAGUUCAUCGAGCGGCAACGUCGACGAGAGCGGUGUGAGGAAUACCAGCAAGCUCAUGGUUUCGGUGUGCAUGAUUGGAACAGCAACGUUUGGUAUCUUCCUUCUGUGUUGCUUCUCCAUCUGGGCUGCUAAGGUACAACCUCAUCAGUUAGAAACGGGCAGUGGAGGUCUCUUCAUUCCAAACGGCCAGGACGUCGAGAGCGGGCGUGGUCGUCGCAACAAUUCCAGACGCCAAGGAGUCCCUGUACCACUCUAUUUCUUCUAAGACAUGGCCAAUAUGCAACACAAUAUGAACUUUGACCGUUGGAGUAAAGACUCAUAAACUUGUGGAGCUAGAAGAAGGAUUCUAGCUCGACGUUUGAACUAUAAACGGCUUCAUGCAGUUACCGCACGUCUUUCCAUAGUGUUUACUUAGUUUCUUUCUUUUGAUGCAUCGAAGCAACACUGAUUUUUUUUUCUUCUGGUGUACAUGUAUAUCAUGUAUAUAGAUAUUUAUGACGAUAUACUGUACAUUAAUAUAAAUCCAGUGUAAUAGUUCUCGAAUCAACCGCCAUAAUACGACAGCAAGCGGGAAGCUAUGUCAUUUAUGGUAAAUAUAAUGCUAGUUCUAUCAUUACAAGAUAAUUUGUAUUUCUAUGAAUCUAGGACAACGGCUACAUAGUAGAUUGGAUACCACACAUACAGGACAAGUACCGGUAAGCUAUCUAGAAACACCCGUUGGAGUAUGGGACAGAGGAUAUAUAGAGGAUAUAUUGGACACCUACUAACAUAUCAGAUUAUCAGUGACCUUAGGAGAUGCAGGAGAUUUUUGUUAACAUUAACAUUUGCCAACCUCAUCAAAAAUGUGUUUUGAAAAAAAUUAUACUGUGUUAUGAUUAUUUUGUGCGUGCUGGGCUACCUAUAAAGAAAGUUUCUAACGAACUGUAUGUAUCCAUCUUGACUUAAGGUCAUUGAAUGAAAACUUGAGAAUAUCACUAACAGUCCCCCGUUUAUUAAUAUUAUACUCUUUAAUAACUAAUUCAUUUGACGGAUAAAUGAAUUUCGUGAGUGUACCAAAGGAAUUAGGUGAUAUGGAUUCCUUUUUUUCUUAGUAAUUAUGCCUGUUUCUAUAUAAAUAUUAAUCAUGACAUUGCAACGUUUGCAAUAAGUUAAUGAUUAUAUCAACAUUUCAUUUAAAGUCUUCCUAUCGGUAACCUCAGCUUACCAUUCUGUAUUUGGUACUACAAAUGAUAAAUAUCAGGUCGUUUGUUUUCAACAUGAAGCUUAUAUGCGCUGUCCUCGCUAUGACAAAGUACAGACUUUCACGUUGAACUAUUUUUGAUGGAUAAUUUCUUCUAUAAAGAGUCUAUAUAGUGCACAAAGGCCGUACAUUGUGUGGUUUCCGCCAAUAUAUUUCCCUUGUGACACUUAACGGUGAGGUCAUAUUGUAAAGGGAAAAAAUGCAGGGUGAACAAACUUUUAAAAUAAAUAAUUACAGUUGCCUUAGGGAGCUUA